AUGGAGUCUAGUACCAAUGUCAAUUUGAGCGACCAACACACGGACGUAUCUUCAAGAAACCCGUAUCAAGAAGAAACUGCGCGGCUGAAGACGUCGCGGUCCUUUUCCAAUCUAGCGGUAAAUUCCGACUCUGGAAACAAAUUGAAACUCAAAGCGACCAUCAACAAGGGUUUGAAAACCCGAGCAAGUAGUAAGCAUCAAAUGGCCGCAUGUUGCUUCUGCAAAAAGCGACGAAAGAAAUGCGACGGCGGCUUUCCUACAUGCGGCGGAUGCAAGCAGAAUAACAUUCAGUGCACUGUGAUUGACAUCCCAACAGGGAGAGAAAUUCCAAGAAACUAUCUAGAUGUUCUGGAGACCAAAAUAGAGUUAUUAGAGAAAGAGCUGGGAGGUGCCAGUAAAUUAAUUGAAACACUCUCAAAGUCCCAAGAAAGCAUCGACGGGUUGUCGGAGAGUAAUCGAAUUGCAGAUCGAAUUGAAGACCAGAAGCAUUUCGGAGCAGAUAGGGACAAAGGACUCCCAUUGGAAGUUGGCUACAUUACCCUAACUGCUGCUGGAGAGCCUAGAUACAUUGGCGCAAGUAGCGCUUUUUCGAUAGCCAGGGCUAUACAUAGUACAAUAAGAUGCUAUGGACAACAGAAGACACCCCACGACUCGAGUAUUUAUCCUGAAGCCGAUGGGUUGUCGUUGAAUCGUACGCCCAAAAUGGUUGAAGCUGUUUUUCAAAAACCUAGUUUUGAAGAUGGUCGCUAUCUUUUGAAGGCUUAUCGUUACGGCGUUCAAUUUCAAUAUCCUUUUUUGGACUGGCAAUGGGUAACAAGCUGCUUCAAGAAUGUUAUGAAAGAUGAUUCGGAAGAGGACGAACCGCUUUUCUUUGUUUAUAUGAUCUUUGCGAUUGGCAGUCAGCUCUUAGACCAUUCUUCUAGCACUUUCUCGGAUAAUCAUACCAAGGCUUUUUACGAUAAAGCUUUUGAUCACAUAGGAUCGAUUGUCAAGGAAACUACGGUUCGUGCUGUCCAGGCGUACCUUCUGCUAAGUGUCUUCUCUCAAAAAAUGCCAUACGGCAGUUCCAUCUGGCAAACCACGGGUCUGGCUGUUAGAACUUCAGUGGCAUUAGGGCUGCAUCGCAAACCAUACGUCAGAAAUAAAAGCGACUUUUCAAAGAACGAUUGGCCGGAACAGGACCUGAAGUGCCGUAUUUUCUGGUGCGCAUACAGCAUGGAGCGGAUCAAUGGGUUGAUUUUAGGCCGACCUUUUGGAAUAUCCGAUGCGGAUAUUGACGUUCCCAUUCCGCAGUCAAGUGAAUACGAGGUUGCAGCUCAUGUGUUCAAACUACGAAUGCUUCAGUCCACCAUUUGCUCGUUUGUUUACAAACCACGGCCUUAUGCUGCCAGCCUGGAGGAUACUAAUGCUACGCGGCAUGAGAUUUUGUUAGAACUUAAUGAAUGGAAGUCUACCUUCCCCCAUAAGAAACGAGCUAAAAGUACUUGGGAAACCGAAAAUUGGUGCACGAUUUCCUAUCACAACUCAAUUUUGCUUCUCCUGAGACCCGUGGUCUUGGAAGUGGCAGAAUUAAAGGAAAAGAUGCCACCAAUCACAGCAAAAUGGUUUGGCAUUUUCGCUCAAUCCGCGUCGGCUAUAUGCUUAAACUAUAAACAGCUGCAUAGCAAGCAAAAAAUGAGCUAUACCUGGCUCGCCAUACAAUGCGUCUUUGUAUCGGGGCUAUCGUUCCUUUAUUGCAUGUGGCUAAAUUCUUCCUCCUCCUUGAACUUAUUGAAAUGGGCUCGGGGAAGCAUCAUAUAUGACACAAUUUCUGCAUGUUCCAACAUUCUAUAUGUCUUGGCGGAGCGCUGGAGUGAAGCUCAAAUAUUUCGGGAUUCAUUUGAACGCAUGUCAAAAGCCGUUCUCUCACACAUAGAGAAAACCAACGGCGAUGAGUCACACGUCACGUCUGAUGAGCUGUCGUCUCAAAGCCAGACGUGCGGCUCCGCCCUAGAAACUGGAGUGAGCCUGAAUUCUGAUCAAACAAAAAUCAGCUACGAGAUUGAUAUAAAUCAGACGUGUCGUCGCCAGAACCAGGGAUUGACGGACGGCCUUUCUUUUGCAAAUCCGCAGAAUUCUUCAGCUGGCUCGUCCCCGGAAAUGGUCUCCAUGGCUAUCGCGGGCAUUGUCGAUCGCUCUUACGACGGAGAGGCUGUCUGGGACUUCAUUAGCAAUACCGAAGACAACUUUGUCAAGGACAUGUUUUAUGAUUUAGAGACAGCUUUUGAAAUUUAA